AUGAAGCGCUAUCGUGAUUUCGGAGUCAUAGGCCGACCCGUCGCCAACAGCAGUUCCACGCUUCACGUUACUUUUCGUCCUCAGCUCAUUCAAAUCUUGGAUUUGGACGAAAAUCAGCAGAUUUUGCGCGCCAAUUUCUGGGCUGAUCAUGCAAGUCUUAAUGUUGUUGCCCAUUCUGUCCGCUUGUUGUCGGAUGUAUUGCUAUAUCAAAUCAUUCCACAGCUGACCUUUUGGUACCUCUUUGUGGUUAGCGAAUGUGAUACUCUCAUUAACCACUCGUUGCCAUGCGAAUCCUACUGA